UCAGCCACCUUUGAAACUUAUUUACCAACUGCCACUUCAACCAUUCUCGUUCCUUGAAGAUUCUCCAACCGAUUCUCUCUCUCUCUCUCUCUCUCUCUCUCUGCAUCUUCGAUUCAUCCGAUCAGAAACCCUAAUCGCCAUGGUAGAAUCUCGUCAGUCAUUCGUCCAUCACGCUCUCGGCGGUGGCGCAGUUGCGGAUGUGUUGCUGUGGAAAAGAUGGUAUGGGAGCGUCACCGUGCUUGUAGGUUCCACUUUCCUUUGGUUCCUAUUUGAACGAGCCGGCUAUAAUCUACUGUCGUUCAUCGCCAAUGUGCUAUUGCUUCUAGUUUUAAUUCUCUUUUUCUGGGCUAAAUCUGCAUCACUUCUCAACAGACCUCUACCUCCCCUUCCUGAUAUGGAGGUUUCGGAGGAAUUCAUUGCAAAUGCUGGCGAAGUGAUGCGUGUUUGGGUUAACCAUGUACUCACGAUUGCACAUGACAUUGCUAUUGGAGGGAACAUUAGGCUCUUUGUUCAGGUUGCUUUUGGUUUGUGGGUGAUAUCGUAUGUUGGAAGCUUCUUCAACUUUCUGACUCUGGUCUACUUGGGGGUUCUUUUCAGUCUAGCAAUACCUCCAUUAUAUGAGAAAUACCAAGACCAAAUUGAUGAUAAGCUGAUUUUGGCACAUAACAUCAUCCUAUCACAGUAUAAGAAAAUUGAUGAUGCAAUUUUGAAAAAGAUCCCUGGGAAUCUAAACAAAGAAAAGAAGAUUCAGUAGUUGUAAGGUACUCCUUCUCCUUUUGGUUCAGGGAAUUUAGCUUCUACAUACCGCGGGUGUCGUGAACAAGAAGUUGAGUGCAAUCGACUGCCCAUUCACCUGAAUAGUUUAGGAAGUGCUGAUACAUGCAAAUGCCCUGUUUUUGUAAUUGGUGUUUUCACGGCCCUUGACAGUUGAUGUAACUAAUUGUGGAUAAUGCAUUACUUCUUCAUCUGGUACUAAGUACCUCUUUGUGGCAACUUGAGUUUGGUAUUUGAACAAGGCAUGUUUACAACCAUGCUGGAAAGGUUGUUUGUUCACAAAGGUUAUUUUCAGAUUUCUGUUCUAAGUAAUGUUUUCCACUGCAACUCUUUAAGCUCUACCCUUUGUGGGUGGCAGACCUCAGAAGACUCUUCUUCA